UCCGGGUUGCGCGGUAGCUGCGGUGUCCCCCCUCCGCGCCCUUCUACCAGCGCCGGCAGCUGGCUCGCUCCGGUCCUCUCGAGUGGAACCCUGCAGGCCCCGCACCUGGCGAUGGAAACGGCGCUCCCCGCUGUUGGCAAGGAAGGAAACCACCACAAAAUAACCAAGUUCACUUGAGCUGUCUGUGAAGGCAGGAAGAUGCUGUGGAAAGCGCUGCUGAGGAUGGAGCUGGGAGGAACAGGGAACCGGGCCCCCUCCAUGCACUGGCUCCUGUCCCCCACCCUCCGGUACCGAUCCACUUCUGUCAUGGAUAACCACCAAGUGGAGCUGGCUCGAGAGCGGUCCAAGACAGUCACCUCCUUCUACAACCAGUCAGCCAUUGACGUCGCAGCGGAGAAGCCGUCCGUGAGAUUGACGCCUACCACCAUGUUGUAUUCGGGACGGUCACAGGAUGGCAGCCACCUCCUGAAAAGUGCCCAUUACCUUCACCGUGAGCUGCCCGUCCGCAUCGCCCACCGCAUCAAGGGCUUCCGCAGCCUCCCCUUCAUCAUCGGAUGCAACCCCACCAUCCUCCACGUGCAUGAGCUGUACAUCCGAGCCUUCCUGAUGCUGAGCGAAUUCCCCCUGAUCAAGGACCAAGAGGCAGAGGCCCAGUACUGCAAGCUGGUCCGGCAGCUGUUGGAUGAUCACAAGGACGUGGUGACGCUGCUGGCUGAGGGGCUGCGGGAGUGUCGCAAACACAUCCAGGACGAGAAGGUCAUCCGCUAUUUCCUAGACAAGACGCUCACCUCCCGGCUGGGGAUCCGGAUGCUGGCGAUCCAUCACCUGGCGCUGCACGAGGAGAAGCCGGACUUCGUGGGAAUCAUCUGCACCCGUCUCUCCCCAAAGAAAAUCAUUGAGAAAUGGGUGGAUUUUGCUAGGCGUCUGUGUGAGCACAAGUACGGGAACGCCCCACGGGUGCGGAUCAAUGGGCAUGUGGCUGCUCGCUUCCCCUUCAUCCCCAUGCCCCUCGACUACAUCCUGCCGGAGCUGCUCAAAAACGCCAUGAGAGCCACCAUGGAAUCUCACCUGGACACUCCGUACAACGUGCCUGACAUUGUCAUCACCAUCGCCAACAAUGACAUCGACCUGAUCAUCAGGAUUUCGGACCGGGGUGGCGGGAUUCCGCACGAGCACCUGGAGAAGGUGACGGAUUAUCACUUCACCACGGCAGAGUCCAGUGCUCAAGACCCCCGCAUGAACACCCUCUUCGGGAACAUGGUGGACAUGGUCAACAGCGGCCAGUCGGGCCCCAUGCACGGGUUCGGCUUUGGGCUGCCGACCUCCCGGGCCUACGCUGAGUACCUGGGGGGCUCGCUGCGCAUCCAGUCCCUGCAGGGCAUUGGCACCGACGUGUACCUCCGUCUGAAACACAUCGACGGCAAGGAGGAGAGUUUCCGCAUCUAGAGACUUCCCCCGUCUCGCUGGCCUGCCGCCCCCUCCGGCUCCGCAUGGACAUCGGCUUUGCUUCCCGUGUCUCUGUGCUUGGAUCCCUAUGGACCCGAUCCCACGGCCCCGGACUCCUAGGUUCCCAGCGUCUCCGCAAGGGGGUGGGACUUUGUGCUUACGGACAGCACGUCGCCUCCCGCUGGUUAUUCCAGUCCCACCCCUGGGAGCACCCUAUUGGAGUCUUUAUUCUAGGGGGGCGGGGCAUGGGUCGGCCCCAACCCCAAACAGGUUUUUAAGGCAACGGACGCUUCCCGGCGCACGUACCUUCAUUGGUAGCUCCACGCUGCCAGCACCUUGCGCACUCAUUUUCUCACCCUUGUUUCAUUCCCUUCUCUGAAGAAACCAAAUCAAAGGAUGGCAUUGGAGUGCGGGGAAGGCUUUUAUUGCUGUGCAUGACUCCAGAAUCGCUCCCCCACCUGUCUCUCCAGCCCGACCCCUUCACACUUUGGACAGGGGAAGAUUUUUAUGGUUGCACCUGGAUGCUGGAUUCCCGUCCCACCCACUGCACAUGGCAGAUAAUUCUAGCCCUGGUUAUUGUUUUCCUGCUUUCUCGUUUAUUUCGGGGGUGGAGAUGGGACAGGAUGUGGAUUUGACUCCCAUCCUCGGGGGUGGCUGGGGGAACCAGCCCUGUGAUGUGUAUCUCGCUGUGAUUCCGAUUAAAAGUGCCGAUUCUGAAAGGC